AUGACCAAACAAAAGAAAAAGAAGAAUCAAACAACUCCUUCCUCAGCAAGUAAGAGAAAGAGUCAGACUUUGAGUUUGGAUGAAUUCUUGUCGCCUUCUGGAAUGAAUUUAAUGCAAGAAAUUGAUAGUGCCACUCAUCAUCAUCACCAUCACGAGGAUGUUGCAGAAAAUUCUUCUACUACUAUUGCAAUGAAUGGAAAUAAUCACAAGAAGGAAGAAGAACCAAGUCAAUCAAGAAAUGAAGAAACCAUUGUCGAAUCUGCUCAAUCGAUUGAAAUUGUGAUCAAUGGAGGAGAGGAAAGUAAAAUAACUAAUGAUGAAGAGCAUUCUAUGAUCGAUAAUCAGACCACAAUUACUCAAGAACCUAUUUCAGAACAAUCCAAUUUUGAACAAAACCCCAACAAGGAAGAAAGCUCAAACUUGAAUGAAAAACCAAUUGAAGAAAAUGUGAUCAAAGAAGAAUUAGUAAUUACUACCACACAAGAAAUAACCAAUAAUAGCACAGAAGAGGCAACUCUUGCAGAGGAAACAAAUCCUGAAAAAGAAAAUCUAUUAAUUUCUUCUUCAAUUGAGAUGGAUUCUGUUAGUACAGCUGUAGUAACUGCCACCCUUGUUAAUCAUCAUCAAGAAUCACCAUCCCAAGUAGAAUUCAAGGAACCAAUCAAACAAAGAAAGGAGGAAACCAAAUAUAUUGAAGAAAGAAAUGCAGUAGCAAAAAGGGUUUUGGAAAAGCUGAGUAUUAACACUGAAAUUAGAAAGACGUCUUUCAAAGAUUUGUCACAUGUAACCAAAAUGACAUUAAUCACCCAAGAACCAACAAAUUCCAACAUUUGUUGUGCCUUUGUAACAUUGGAGAGUCCUAUUUCACAUGAAGAUUUGAGAAGUCGAUUGGAUAAGAGGGUUGUGCAACAAUAUGCAAGAUUCAGGUCUACUGUUAGCAAUGAUUACAAUACUUUUUGUGAUCAAGGAUCUAUUGACAUUGAACAACAUAUUAGAUACAUGAGAGUACUAAAGAGUGGCAAUCGCGAAUAUUCUGAAACAGAAGAACACGAGCUUGUUAGAGAGCUGCUAGGUAAAUUGGUUUGUGAACCCUUUGAUUUUUCCAAGCCAUUGUGGGAGUGUAUUGUGAUUGAUAAUUGUCCUGCCAUGGGAUAUCUGUUAUUAUUUAGAAUUCAUCAUGCUAUUGGAGAUGGAUCAUCUUUAGUAAUGUUCUUUUCUCAAUUCUGUGACCAGGGAGAAGAGCAUUUCAAGGAAGAACUUCAUGAAAGAAAGGGGAAACUCAUAUCCAAGACUAUUCGUUCAUUGGAACACGUUCCUGUUAUUGGCUAUAUCAUUAGAAUGAUAGCAUUUAUGUGGCUGUUAUGGGGCUUACUUAUGGUUGCACUCAAGUGGAUUUCUAUGAUUAUUCGAGGAGGUGAUAAGAGUCUUUUCAAAACAAAAGUUUCAACAGAAAAGCAAGUUUCGUGGACAAGGGCUUUUGAUAUUGCAGAUGUCAAACUGGUGGCUAAGAAGAUCUGUAACAACUCUACAGUGAAUGAUAUUGUUUUGAAUUCCCUUUCUGGAGCCUUAUUGAGAUUUACUGAGAGAAGAUCCAAUAAUGAAAGCAAUAUGAAGGUUACCUUAUCUGUUCCUGUAAAUAUUAGACUUGAGGAAGAAGAGUUUAACAACUUAUCCAACAAGUUUGGAUUUAUGCUUGUGCCGCUUAAUUUGAAGAAUCUCUCUAGAAAUCCCGAGUCUAGACUCCUACAAAUCAAGAAGGUUAUGGAUAAGAGCAAGAGACUUCCAGAACCAUUUUUUACAUAUCAAUCUUGUAGACUAGUUAAUAUUUUACAAAAGAGCACAGUUUCUACAAUUUACAAGUUUGUUUCCAAUUGGGUUUCUGCAGUUUUCACAAAUAUUGUUGGAUCCUCAACUCAAUUAACAGUGGAGAAUGUCAAGGUAUCCAAUUUAGUUGUGUUUGCACCUUCCCCUGCUUCUGUUGGAUUAUCUUUUGCUGUGUCGAGCCAUAAUGGAAAGCUUGUUCUUGGUGUUUGUGCUGAUACCUUAACUGCCAAUCCUCAAGAACUUGUGAAGGAUUUCGAAAAUGAUUUGGAUCAAAUAAUUUCAAUGGCUAAAAGUUUAGAUUUACAUUAAAUCAAUUUUAUUGGUAUUUUUUUAA